CAGAGCUUCAUAGCUGCACAGAGACCAGGUCUCUCUUGGAGUUAGGAUUAAAGAACAUUCAGGAAAGAACAAAUCUUGAAGACACCAUCAGUAAAGAUUCCCAAACUCCAUGCUGUGUGCUGCAGCCUGGUCUUGAACCUGGAGCUCUUGCUGAGGAUGGGGGUGGACGGUGAAACCAUAGUCCUAAAGAACAUGCUGAUUGGUGUCAACCUGAUCCUUCUGGGCUCCAUGCUCAAGCCCUCAGAGUGUCAGCUGGAGGUCACCACGGAAAGGGUCCCGGGGCAGGCAGCUGAGGAGGAAGGAGGCGUUGCCAAUUACAACACAUCCAGCAAAGAGCAGCCAGUGGUCUUCAACCACGUGUAUAACAUUAACGUGCCUCUGGACAGCCUCUGCUCCUCGGGGCUGGAGGCCUCAGCUGAGCAGGACAUAAGCGCUGAAGACGAGGCGCUGGCAGAGUACACAGGCCAGACGUCAGACCCUGAGAGCCAGCUCACCUUCAACCAUAGGAUCAACCUCCCCAAAAAGGCCUGCCUGUGCGCCAGCUCUGCCCAGGUGCUGCAGGAGCUGCUGAACCGGAUCGAGAUGCUGGAGAGGGAGGUGUCCCUGCUGCGGGGUCAGUGCCACAACUGCUGCCCAGAGAGCGCGGCCACAGGACAACUGGACUAUAUCCCUCACUGCAGCGGCCACGGCAACUUCAGCCUCGAGUCCUGCGGCUGCAUCUGCCAUGAGGGCUGGUUUGGCAAGAACUGCUCAGAGCCUUACUGCCCCCUGGGCUGCUCCAGCCGCGGCGUGUGCGUGGACGGCCAGUGCAUCUGUGACAGCGAGUACAGCGGGGAUGAUUGCUCCGAGCUCCGGUGCCCGACAGACUGCAGCUCCCGGGGGCUCUGCGUGGAUGGGGAGUGUGUCUGCGAAGAGGCCUAUACGGGCGAGGACUGCAGCCAGCUGAGGUGCCCCGGAGACUGCUCGGGGAAGGGGAGAUGCAGCAACGGGACCUGCGUGUGCCAGGAGGGCUACGUGGGUGAGGACUGCAGCCAGCAGCGCUGUCUAAACGCCUGCAGCGGGAGAGGGCACUGCCAGGAAGGGCUGUGCUUCUGCCAUGAGGGCUACCAGGGCCCUGACUGCUCGGCAGUUGCCCCUCCAGAGGACUUGCGAGUGGCUGGUAUCAGCGACAGGUCCAUUGAGCUGGAAUGGGACGGGCCGAUGGCAGUGACGGAAUAUGUGAUCUCUUACCAGCCAACGGCCCUGGGGGGCCUCCAGCUCCAGCAGCGGGUGCCUGGAGAUUGGACUGGUGCCACCAUCACGGAGCUGGAGCCAGGUCUCACCUACAACAUCAGCGUCUACGCUGUCAUUAGCAACAUCCUCAGCCUUCCCAUCACUGCCAAGGUGGCCACUCAUCUCUCCACGCCUCAGGGGCUGCGAUUCAAGACGAUCACAGAGACCACCGUGGAGGUGCAGUGGGAGCCCUUCUCCUUCUCCUUCGAUGGCUGGGAGAUCAGCUUCAUCCCCAAGAACAAUGAAGGAGGAGUAAUCGCUCAGCUCCCCAGUGAUGUUACAUCCUUCAACCAGACAGGACUGAAGCCUGGGGAGGAAUACAUUGUCAAUGUGGUGGCUCUGAAAGAACAAGCCCGGAGUCCCCCCACCUCAGCCAGCGUCUCCACUGUCAUUGACGGGCCCACGCAGGUCCUGGUGCGAGAUGUCUCCGACACUGUGGCCUUCGUGGAGUGGACACCCCCUAGAGCCAAAGUCGACUUCAUUCUCCUGAAGUAUGGUUUAGUGGGUGGCGAAGGUGGGAAGACCACCUUCCGACUGCAGCCUCCCCUGAGCCAAUACUCAGUGCAGGCCCUGCGACCGGGCUCCCAGUACCAGGUGUGGGUCAGUGCCAUACGUGGGGCCAACGAAAGUGAGCCCACCACCACCCAAUUCACAACAGAGAUUGAUGCCCCCAAAAACCUGCGAGUUGGUUCCCGCACGGCAACCAGCCUGGACCUUGAGUGGGAUAACAGUGAAGCAGAGGUUCAAGAGUAUAAGGUUGUGUACAGCACUCUGGCGGGUGAGCAGUACCAUGAGCUUCUGGUCCCCAAGAACAUCGGUCCCACCACCAGAGCCACCCUCACUGGUCUGGUACCUGGCACUGAGUAUGGAGUUGGAAUAUCUGCUGUUAUGAACUCACAACAAAGCGUACCAGCCACCAUGAAUGCCAGGACUGAACUUGAUAGUCCUCGAGACCUCAUGGUGACAGCCUCCUCAGAGACCUCUAUCUCCCUCAUCUGGACCAAGGCCAGCGGCCCCAUCGACCACUACCGGAUUACCUUUACUCCAUCCUCCGGGAUCGCCUCAGAAGUCACAGUCCCUAAGGACAGGACCUCAUACAUCCUGACAGAUCUAGAGCCUGGCGCUGAGUACAUCAUUUCCAUCACCGCUGAGAGGGGUCGGCAACAGAGUCUGGAGUCCACUGUGGAUGCUUUCACAGGCUUCCGCCCCAUUUCCCACUUGCACUUUUCCCAUGUGACAUCAUCCAGCGUGAACAUUACCUGGAGUGACCCAUCACCCCCAGCAGACAGACUCAUUCUGAACUACAGCCCCCGUGAUGAAGAGGAAGAGAUGAUGGAGGUCUCCCUGGAUGCCACCAAGAGGCAUGCUGUCCUGAUGGGCCUGCAGCCAGCCACGGAGUACAUCGUGAACCUGGUGGCCGUCCAUGGGACAGUGACCUCUGAGCCCAUUGUGGGCUCCAUCACUACAGGAAUUGAUCCUCCCAAAGAUAUCAUAAUCAGCAAUGUGACCAAAGGCUCAGUUGUGGUGUCCUGGAGCCCUCCUGUUGCACCUUUUGAUUACUACCGAGUCUCAUAUCGGCCAACACAAGUGGGUCGGCUAGACAGCUCAGUGGUGCCAAAUACUGUGACAGAGUUCACCAUCACCAAGCUAUAUCCAGCGACUGAAUACGAAAUCAGCCUCAACAGCGUGAGAGGCAGGGAAGAGAGUGAGCGCAUCUGCACCCUCAUGCACACAGCUAUGGAUAACCCUGUAGAUCUGACUGCUACCAACAUCACCCCCACGGAAGCUCUGCUGCAGUGGAAGGCACCAGUGGGUGAAGUGGAGAACUAUGUCAUUGUUCUCACACACUUUGCAGUUGCUGGAGAAACCAUCCUGGUUGACGGAGGCAGUGAGGAAUUUCAGCUUGUGGACCUGCUCCCCAGUACCCACUAUUCUGUUGCUCUAUAUGCCACUAGUGGGCCUCUCACUAGUGGCACCAUCAGCACCAACUUCUCUACCCUUCUGGACUCUCCUGCAAACCUGACGGCCAGUGAAAUCACCAGACAAAGUGCCCUGAUAUCCUGGCAGCCUCCCAGGGCAGAAAUUGAGAACUAUGUCUUAACCUACAAAUCCACAGAUGGAAGCCGAAAGGAGCUGAUCGUGGAUGCGGAGGACACAUGGAUCCGCCUGGAGGGCCUGCUGGAGAGCACCGACUACACCGUGCUCCUGCAGGCAGCCCAGGACACGGCGCGGAGCGGGGUCACCUCCACCGCCUUCACCACGGGGGGCCGGGUGUUCCCUCAUCCUCAAGACUGCGCCCAGCAUUUGAUGAAUGGAGACACUCUGAGUGGGGUUUAUACCAUCUUCCUCAAUGGAGAAGUCAGCCAGAAGUUACAGGUGUACUGCGACAUGACCACCGAUGGGGGUGGCUGGAUUGUGUUCCAGAGGCGGCAGAACGGCCAAACUGAUUUUUUCCGGAAAUGGGCUGAGUACCGCGUUGGCUUUGGGAACCUGGAGGAUGAGUUUUGGCUGGGGCUGGACAACAUACACAAGAUCACAUCCCAGGGCCGCUAUGAGCUGCGCGUGGACAUGCGGGAUGGCCAGGAGGCUGCCUUCGCCUCCUACGACAAGUUCUCCAUCGAGGACAGCAGAAACCUGUACAAGCUCCGCUUAGGGGGCUACAACGGCACUGCAGGGGACUCACUCAGCUAUCACCAGGGACGCCCCUUCUCCACAGAGGACAGAGACAAUGACGUUGCCGUUACCAACUGUGCCCUGUCAUACAAAGGGGCGUGGUGGUAUAAGAACUGCCACAGGACCAACCUAAACGGGAAGUAUGGGGAGUCCAGGCACAGCCAGGGGAUCAACUGGUACCACUGGAAAGGCCAUGAGUUCUCCAUCCCCUUUGUGGAAAUGAAGAUGCGUCCCUACAACCACCGUCUCACAGCCGGGAGGAAGCGGCGGUCCUUGAAGUUCUAAACCACAGGCAGCCAAGAGUCAACCAAUCUUUUCUGUCAUUUGUUUGUAUUUUAUAAGAUAAAACAAGAAGUGGGGGGUAACAGUAAUAUGUUUUGCAACAUAUUGCGAGUGUUUCAAGAAAGCGGGAUGCAGCAGGAAUCAGCUGAGGAUCAGCUGUCUUUGGUUUCUGCUGCCCCAGGGGCCUGAACCACGGUCUCCUUUCUCCCUCCUACCCCGUCAUCCUAACACCCCCCUCCUUACCACCAAGGAGGAAAAGUGAAGAGUUUUCUUAACCGACCAAAUCAAAGAUAAGCCCUAAGUCACACAGGCAUGCAUUCUUUUCUCCUGCCCUCCUUCUGAGAUGCCCUUCACUUCUAGGUUGUUUCUAGGCGCUGGCCACUGUCUUCAAUGGCAAGGUUGAGCCUUCCACCCCAGAGAUGGAGCCUUCAAGAGAGAGCUUUGCCAACACUCUCAUUAAGAGGAAGCAACUCCACCCCUUCCCACAACCCAAGCCCUUUUUAAAGGGCCAGAGCCUCAUCUUCUGACACUCUUGCUCUUAUCAGCCUACUGUCCUCUGUUCCCAUUCAGGAGUAGUGGCCUCUUAUCCAGUCACCCGGCUCUUUGCCUACUUCCAUCCUACUUUCGAGCCCCGACAUGCCCAAUACUCUUCUGGAAUCUAGUUCCUACAGCACUGUCCACAGCUUGCGCUGUGUCCCUGUGGGUCCUAACUCACUGCUUGUCCCUCAAAUUAGGCAAAAAUAACUUUUGGGGGAAAUAGGUGGGAAGGAUGGUUGUGGUCUUUAACACUUUCAGGUCAGACAUUGAGGAAAAGAUAGAUGAAGUAGAAAUCAGGCAGCUGCCAUUGAAAUUAUAGGCCCCCUAAGGAAUAUAGAUUGUACCUCGCUCU